AUGGCUGCAGCUGAAGAAACAGAGAUUAUAUUGGACGGUAAACUGCUGGCGUCGUUGGGUGUCACAGACUUGACUGAAUUCGGCUUGUAUCUGAAAGUCGAUAAAGCAAAGAUCGAAGGACAGACAAAGGUAAAAAUUAUUAAAGUAAUUCGAACCGAACUCGAAAAGAUUAUAAACACGUUCGAUUCUGACGAACAGACUAACGAAUAUUUAAAGGGUUUAAUUGAUUUUCUCGACCAAAAUGCUCAGCCUAAGCCGUCAGAUGAGGAAGGUAACACGUUAAAGCCUUCUUCUGAGCUCGAAAAGCUCGAAAUAGAGCUAAAAGCAAUUGAGUCGCAACAAAAAGCUAUUCAAGAAAAGCUUUUACAAGCAAAACAGUCGGAAAAUAUUCCCAAGUCAAGUGGAAGCAGCCCUACUGUUGCUGACUCAACAAAAAUGCCUUUGUUGGGGUUAAACUCGGGCUUGCAGGCAACAAUUUUGCAUAGAGAUUUCAAGAUUCAAGGAACAAUAGGCGAAGUUGGGCAAAGGGACAAAUUAGGCUACCAAUCAUUAAUGUUGCAAGUGGAAAUUGGGUUAGGGAAAGGUUAUACAAAUAAAGAAAUAGUUACUGCAGUAAUUAGAGCUGUUCAACCUGGUUUACAGCUUCGAAGCUACUUAGAAAGUGUAG